AGCUGCCUCUGGGAGGGAAUAAAUAGCCAGGUGAAAAGCGCACUCAGUUUCCAUGGACCACCCGUCCAUUAUCACCCAGGUGACUAACCCCAAAGAAGAAGAAAUCCUGUCUUGCUCUCAGGAUAAAGCAUCCCAAUGUAAUCUCAGUUUGAAAAAGCAGAGGAGCAGAAGCAUCUUUAGCACUUUAUUCUGCUGCUUUCGUGACUACAAUGUCGAGUCUCCGUCUCCCAACAGCCCCGGUGUCCUUCCUCCAUUGGUGGAAGAAAAUGGCGGGCUUCAAAAGGGUGACCAGAUGCAGGUCAUUCCCAUUCCAAGUCCACCAGCUAAAUAUCUCUUGCCAGAAAUGACAAUAUCUGAUUACGGGAAGAAAUGCGUGGUCAUUGAUCUUGAUGAAACAUUAGUUCAUAGCUCCUUUAAGCCAAUUAGCAAUGCUGAUUUCAUUGUUCCAGUUGAAAUUGAUGGAACUAUACAUCAGGUUUAUGUAUUAAAACGGCCACACGUGGACAAAUUUCUUCAGAGGAUGGGAGACCUCUAUGAAUGUGUGCUAUUCACAGCCAGCCUAGCAAAAUAUGCAGAUCCGGUGGCAGAUUUGUUGGAUCGUUGGGGUGUGUUUAAGGCUCGACUCUUCCGGGAAUCCUGUGUUUUCCACAGAGGAAAUUAUGUGAAAGAUCUUAGCCGGCUUGGGCGAGAAUUGAGCAAAGUCAUCAUUGUAGACAAUUCUCCUGCAUCUUACAUCUUCCACCCUGAAAAUGCAGUGCCUGUUCAGUCCUGGUUUGAUGACAUGACAGACACAGAAUUGUUAGACCUUAUUCCUUUCUUCGAAGGAUUGAGUCAAGAGGAAGAAGUCUACACAAUGCUCCAUAAGCUGUGCAACAGGUAGCCUUCUGAACGCCGGUCCUUGUUGCUUUACCGCGACCCGCCGAAGCAUCUCACAGUGGCUGCUCUGGAUGUUUCCGAUCUUCCUCUGCCAGGAAAGACGAAUCCUGACUCAGUGCUUCUAAAUCAUGGGGUUGACCUAACGCUCUAGGGUGACCAGAACUACUUUUUAAAACAAAAAAAAAAUCAAGAAAGAGAAGAUAAAGAAAUAGCAGCUAUUUUGAAUGGGGCUUUUAACGCAUUUCAUAAACAGACGCGUUUUACAGAUCCUGCUUUUUUUCUUAAAACAUGCCAAAAAAAAGAAGAAGAAAAAAAAAAAAAGAAAGAAAGCUUGGUGUUAACU